UCCGUUUUUUCAUAAACAUAAACGCGUGGAAGUGGAAACGUAAAUUGCCGACGGUUCUUCGUUGAGAGACAGUUAAGAAAUUCGUUUGUCGCCAUUUAGCUCGCGACAUUCCCAUUCGAAAGAUAGAGAGAGAUAGUUCGCGAUGUCAGACACGGCCGGAAAGGCUAUUAAAUGUAAAGCUGCGGUAGCAUGGAAGCAAAAGGAGCCUUUAUCCUUGGAAGAAGUUGAAGUAGCUCCACCCAAGGCACAUGAAGUCCGAAUCAAAAUAGUAGCUGUGGCACUUUGUCAUACAGACGCUUACACUCUAGAUGGAUUGGAUCCAGAGGGAAUAUUUCCUUGUAUACUUGGUCACGAGGGCAGUGGCAUUGUAGAGAGUGUUGGAGAAGAUGUCACUGAAUUUCAACCUGGUGAUCACGUCAUACCACUUUAUGUUCCUCAAUGUAAAGAAUGUAAAUUCUGCAAAUCACCAAAAACAAAUUUAUGUAGUAAAAUUCGGGAAACCCAGGGUAAGGGUGUAAUGCCUGAUGGUACAUCUCGUUUUACCUGUAAGGGACAAACAAUUGCCCACUUUAUGGGUUGCUCCACCUUUUCUGAAUAUACAGUAGUAGCUGACAUUUCUCUGGCAAAGAUUAACCCUGAUGCACCUUUAGAUAAGGUUUGCUUGUUGGGUUGUGGAAUACCUACAGGUUAUGGUGCAGCUUUAAAUACUGCCAAGGUAGAACCAGGAAGUACCUGUGCUAUUUGGGGUUUAGGAGCUGUUGGUCUUGCUACAGCUUUUGGUUGUAAGAAAUCUGGCGCAUCUCGUAUAAUCGGAGUGGACGUCAAUCCGGCCAAAUUUGAACAAGCUAAAACGUUUGGCUGCACGGAAUUUGUUAAUCCUAAAGAUUAUGAUAAACCUAUUCAGCAAGUAUUGAUCGAGAUGACUGAUGGUGGAUUAGAUUAUACUUUUGAAUGUGUUGGAAAUGUAAACACUAUGAGAGCUGCAUUAGAAUCCUGCCACAAAGGAUGGGGAACAUCUGUAAUAAUCGGAGUAGCUGCAGCUGGUCAGGAAAUCAGCACUAGACCAUUCCAAUUGGUUACAGGACGAGUAUGGAAAGGGACUGCAUUCGGCGGAUGGAAAUCAAAGCAGAGCGUUCCGAAAUUGGUGCAAGAGUAUUUGUCAAAGGAAUUGAUUCUCGAUGAAUUUAUCACGCAUAAGCUUCCGUUUGAAAAAAUUAACGAAGGUUUUGAAAUAUUACUUUCAGGGAACUGUUUGAGAACUGUUUUGAAAUAUUAACGACAUAAUUUCUAUUUCAUACUAUAAAAAUAUGGCCUAUUAGAAACCAAUGUCUUCCGCAAUUUAUAAAAAUAUAAAUAAAAAAAUGUCUAAUAU